GAAAAUCAGACAAUGCAACAUAACCUCACUGGGGGGGAAGUGAGUGAUGAAGCUGUAGAUAAAAAUCAAAAAUCAUCCACACUCUCAGAUUAAAAAAUAAAUAAAUGAUUGUGCAUAAUCUGACCACGUUAUGCCAUCUGAGAUUAUUGCUAUAUAAGAAAGAAUGUUGUAAAUUCACUUACAGGGAAAUUGUUUUGUUCUUUUGUGAUUUAGAUUCUGUGAUAAUUAUUUGAUACUUCUAUUAUUGAUAUUAAUAUAAAUCUGGUCUCUACUUCAACAAAAAUAGAACAUCUUUGACAUUUUGAUAGAUAAACAGAUUGACAUAAAUAGAUCGUAUUGAUCCAAGAUGGAAAUGAAAGAAGCCUGGUGGAUAAUAACAUCCAAUCAAACCUACAUUUCAUUUGACGGCAAUAGUGGAUGACUUUUAUAUGUGUGAUGUUAUAUGUGUGACAUUUAAAAGCUAAUCUGACAUCUGUAUGUCAGUUCAGUGCUAAAGCUAAUCUAAGAGCAGAUUCAUGGUCUGUCCUUCAGCCUUACCUCCCAGUGUUUUGAUAUGAGCUGUGGGAUGACCAUUUUGAAUCAAACCAUUCCUUUUGGUCAUUUUUUAACCUAAAAACUACAGUGUUUUAUCAGAAAAUCUUGUCUUCCUUCACUUUAUCAGAUCCACUGUCUAAUCCAUUUAUUAAAUGUAAAUUCACUCCAGGAAGUGGAGAAGGAUAUCAUAGUAAAGAGUGUCUGCAAAAAGAGCGGCCAUGGAGAGUUAAUAUGUGUGGAGGUCCAGAUGCCUCUGCCUUUGUGCCUGUGUCCAAGGUGAUGCCUGUGUUAUUUAUUUGAAAGGAGUUGCUGGGCCAUUCAUUGGGCCUGCAGCUCUUACUAUGUGCUUUACUCUCAACCAUUAAACCUUGCUGUGUCUGUCGAGGUGGGAAAUAUGCUAUUUGCCUUUGUCUAUUCACUGGCUUCAGCCUGGUCUUCCCCUGCCCCUUUUUCUCUAGUGAAUAAUUCAAGCACACUGACCUACAGCUGUUAGGUUAUCUAUCAAGAAAUAAAAUAAACUCCUUACAAGUACUUUGUGAAGGUAGGCUGUAACUUUUAUCCAAAGCAAAUUAUAGUGCAUUCAAAGCCAGUAUUUGUUUCCUGGGAAUCAAACUCAUGACCUUGGCCUUAUUAGAGCCAAAUGUUAUGGGAGGGAAGACAUCUGAUGCGGUUAAAAAUUGCUGACUAAUUUUAUUAUAAAUACUGACUGAUGCAACUAAACCUGUCCUGAAGUCUUAGCAGCACAUUUCUCUGUAUCAUCCUCCGGUCAUUCCUCUUAGUUGAAUUGUGUUGUUCUGACACACGCUGAGAGUCUUUCCCAGUAAAUGUGGGAGGAGAUAUUGUGCAAGGAUUCAGCUGGAGUGCAGAUAUGACUACAUAUUAACUUCAUGGCAUCUCUACAGCCUCUUAACCCUCCUGAAAAAGAGUCCAUGGUCACUUCUGUGACUCAGAAGGCCCAGGAGGAGGAAGAAGAGGAUGAUGAAGAUGAGGAAACUGGCGAGAAGUUUGAGUUUGAUGACAGCGAAGAUGAGCAGAAUACAGUGGAGAACUCUGUUGAGAAAAAAGAGUCAGGAACUCCUCAUGUGGAAGCUGAGCAUUCAGAAAAUACUAAUGGUAGCACUGCCACAAAUGCACUUUAUUGUCAAGCUAUGAAGCGUAAUCAGCAGGCGAUAAACGGAGGGACUCCUGCUGGUCUGGAAGACCAAAAUAUCCCCACACAUCCUUACACAACAAACUCGGAGAUGGUGGCCAGACAGUCUCCUGACGGGAGUUCUGUCUCAACGGAGCCUCGAGUAGCUGAUGAACAAGCAAGCUUUUGGAAAAGAAAUAACAUUUAUGAAGGGAAAGCUGUUCCUCAAUCAGAUGAAAAUUCACCCUCUGAACAACUGAAGCAGAGCUCAGCUCCUCCUGCUCGUUCAGAGGUCAUCUACGAUGAUGUGCCCUGCGAGAACAUCAUGCCACCAGAUGCAGAGGAUGAUGUGAUCUACGAGGAGGUGCAGAGGUCUGGUGAGUCUGGACUGAUAGACAACAGCUGGGGCUCCAGUGAGUUUGAGAGUUACGACGAGCAGUCAGACAGCGAGACCAAGCAGCCCACCCGCAAUAAGAUUUCCCCAGAUGUACGACGUCUGAAGCAACGCUGCGUCCAGACCAGGCGUGAGCUAGCCAUGCGGUUAGGGGCUCGAGAUGUCGGCCAACUCAAACAAAACUAUGACAUUAAGGUUCAACAGCUCAUGAAAGCAGCUAGAAAUGGCACGAAAGAUGGACUGGAAAAGACCAAAAUAGCCAUGAUGCGAAAAGUGUCCUUCCUGAGUAAAAAAGACUGCACAGAUGACACAGAGGAAGAUUCUGGAUAUUUGGAUGUGACUGUAUCUGAAAUCAAACAUCCACCACCUCAACUUUCUCCUAUGCCAGAAGGGCUCAGUAGCCAACAGGUUGUCAGGCGUCAUAUUCUUGGCUCUAUCAUCCAGAGUGAAAGAAGUUACUUAGACUCACUCAAGAGGAUCCUGCUGGAAUAUAAGAAGCCUUUGAUGGAGGCAGAGCCCCGGAUCCUGAGCUUGAGGAAGAUCCAGCCUAUUUUUUAUAGGCUGAAGGAGAUCCUGCAGUGUCACUCCAUGUUUCAGAUUGCUCUGGCCUCCCGUGUAGCAGAAUGGGAUCAUACUGAGAAAAUCGGAGACCUCUUUGUUGCUUCAUUUUCCAAGUCGAUGGUGCUAGAUGUGUACAGCGACUAUGUCAACAACUUCACCAAUGCUAUGGCUCUUAUUAAGAAAGCUUGUAUGUCCAAGCCAGCAUUCCUGGAGUUUCUCAAGAAGAAGCAGGCUGCCAGUACAGACAGAAUCACUCUUUAUGGCCUGAUGGUCAAACCAAUUCAGCGCUUUCCUCAGUUCAUACUCCUACUGCAGGACAUGCUGAAAAACACCCCUGUGGGGCAUCAGGACAGGCUGCCGCUGCAGCUGGCCCUCACUGAGCUCGAGACUCUCGCCGAGAAACUGAACGAGCAGAAACGGCUGGCCGAGCAGCUCGCUGAAAUCCAACAGCUCACUCGUAGCGUCAGUGACCGUAACCUCAGUAAGCAACUGAACUCGGAUCAGAAGCAGUUGAUUCUGUCUGAGACACUGAUUGAGACCGUCUUUGGUGAGAAAGGUCAAGUCCUCAAGUCUAAGGAGCGCAAAGUCUUCCUCCUGAAUGACAUGCUCGUCUGUGCAAACAUCAAUGUGAAGGGCCCACCAGAUAUCAGCAGCCUAGUCCCCAUCGGUCCAAAAUACGCAGUUAAAUGGAGUGCCCCCCUGCUGCAAGUGCAAGUGGUGGAAGUGGGCCAGGAGACCCCCCAGCAUAAAGACAGCAUCUACCAGCAGAGUGGAAGCAAGCGCCUAAGCUCCACCAACUCUCAAGGAAAGCUGUUUCUGGGACCACCGCGGCUAUAUCAGGAACUGCAGGAGUUACAGCAUGAUCUUUCUGUAGUGGAGGAAGUCACGUUGUUAGUGGGCACCAUGCAGGGAUCAUACCAGAAUCUCAACACUACGGUGGGGCAGGACUGGUGCAUGGCUCUUCAGAGGCUCAUCCGCAUCAAAGAGGACGAGAUCCAGUGUGCCAACAAGUGCCGUCUACGGCUGAUGGUUCCUGGGAAGCCUGACAAGUCUGGCCGUCCAGUCAGUUUCACAGUGGUCUUCAGUACGCCCAGUCCAAUUAGCAAAAUCUCCUGGGUCAAUCGCCUGCAUCUGGCCAAAAUCGCCCUGAGAGAGGAGAACUUGCCUGGUUGGGUGUGUGUAGAGGAUGAUGAAAAGACUAAGCCUCCGUUCUGGUGCCCGUUACUGGCCUGCCGGUUGCCUGUGUUUACCCCCAAAAUGCAAGAUCUGAAGUUGCAGGCUGGCCUGUAUAACCCGGUCCACUGUUCUCUUCUUGGUUUUUCUGCCGCUAGCACAUCCUUGCCUCAGGGCUACCUCUGGGUGGCUAGUGGGGGUGGCGACUCUCAUGGGCAGGUGGAGAUUUUCUCCCUUAACAGACCCACUCCACGUUCCGUUAAGAGUUUCUCUCUAGGUUCCCCAGUGGUUUGUCUGGAGUAUAUCACAGAGCCCAGCACUGAUGAAGAACUGGAAACACAAACCUCUGAAGUUCCUUCCAAGAUCGGCAACACCAUCUGUGUAGGAUUAUUGGACGGCAACAUCCUGGUUUAUGGAAGCGUGGACACCGCUGCUCAGUGUCUGCUAACAUUUUGUAACCCAGAGGGCUGCCCAGUUCUGUGCCUAAAACAAUCUGCCAACUUUCUCUUCGCUGGACUGAGUAAUGGAAAAGUCGCUGUUUAUAACCGAAAGAGUGGAGAGGGGUUGUGGGAUCCAGAUUCCUGCAGACAUGUUGUUAUUGGAUGCGCUCCCGUCCUCAAACUCCUCCAAAUAGACGAGUGUGUGUGGGCCAGCUGUGCCAACCAGGUCUCUGUGAUUGAAGGCUCCUCUCUCAGGACUCAGAGUUUUGAAGUUCAUCCAGACCCCAUGGUUAGUGUGACCCACAUGGUGCGCGCCGGAGGAGGGGUGUGGAUGGCGUUUUCAGAGGGAUCAUCCCUACGUCUGUUUCACACAGAAACAUUGGAACACCUCCAAGAGAUCAACAUUUCAACACCCUCUGCAUAUUUGAGCCCUGGUCAAAAAACAGUGUGUGUAACCAGCCUGCUUAUCUGCCAAGGACUGUUGUGGGUUGGCACAGCUCAGGGCAUUAUUGUCACCCUGCCGGUGCCCAGACUGGAGGGCAUUCCCAAAAUAACAGGAAAAGGGAUGACGUCACUAAACGGUCACAACGGCCCUGUUGAAUUCUUGGUUGCCACCUCCAGCAUUUUAUCCCAAGAUUUUCUAAAGCGGGAUACUCCCAUGGAAGGUGGGGAUUCAAGAAGUGGAACUGAAGAUAAGGAGGCGACAAAUUCCUCUCAGGAGUCCCUCCAGCAGGUGGAUGGCUCUCCUCAGGUAGAAGCCAAAGCUAAAGGAGUGCUACUGCAGUACCACCUCCGUUCUACCUCUCAGCUCCCAGGAAAGCUCCUGACGGCUCGGCCUGAAGAAACAUCCGACUCGACCCAGGACUCUCUGGAGCACACCCUAGAGGACGGUUCCAUCUAUGAGCUGAGCGAUGACCCUGAGGUUUGGGUCAAAGGCCCUGGGCCAUCAUCUAAGGAAGCGGCACGUAGGGAGAAAGUGACUUCAGCCGCCGUUAUAUCCGGUGGAAAAGGGUUCCGUCGACUCGCUAAUUCCUCCAACUCCUCUGACUCCAGUGAGAACAUGCUCAUGGUCUGGCAGCUGCCCAUUACAGUUUGAGGCAGUAAUGAAAUCUCCUUCCUUUGGCUUUCGUCAUGUUUUUUUUGCAGUGAUGGAGGAUUGUUGGAUCAUUGAAGGACAAACAGACUGUAAGCCUGUAUGGCUUAUGCGGAUUAUUUAUUCCACCUCUUCUCCAGAAGGUUUUGAAUUUGAAGGAAUAUUUCAGGUUCAGAAAAAGUUAAGCUGCGACAGCAUUUGUGGCAUAAUGUUGGUUUGCACGAAAAAAUGUCCUUCUUUAAGAAAAA